CUACAGUUGCUAAAGUGAUUGACAGAUUUGAGGAUGAAACCGCAGAUGAUAUUUUGCCCGUUGGUAACAUACGUAAAAAGGCUUCGGCCUCUCUCCUGGAUGCUGAUAAAAGGUACAGUGGAAAAGCUACAUCCCGCAAAGCCUUGCAAGAAGAACUCUGGGGGGAUGCUCUGUCUGAAGAAGGAUCUGCUGAAGAAGGAUCAGACGAAUGGUACAGCGGCAGUGAAGAUCCCGAAGAGGACGGCAGCUUGGGCAGCAAAACAAAGGAGAAGACCAGCAGUGCUGACAUCGACCAGGAGGAUGACUUGGGAGAUGACGAAGAGACAGAUCUGUCUGUCAAGGCUAAGGCAACAGAGUUCAGCUUCCAGAAUGUCACAGACUUUGAGAAAUUUACAGAGGGAAUGGAUGAUGUAGGAAGCAGUGAAGGAGAAGGUGAAGAUGAUGCCAGCAUGGAAGAAGGAAGUGAUGAGGAGGAAUACGGGAGUGAAGAAGACGACAGUGUGAAGGAAAGCAAAGAUAUUGAAGAUGAUGGAGGGGUGAUGACAUUCUCAAAACAACAAGAUGAUGAUGAAGUAGAAAAAGGAAAAGCUGUGAGGAACCAGAUAGCACUGUGUGAUCACUUACUGGAAGCAAGAAUCAAGAUGCAGAAGGCGCUCAUGACAGCUAACCGGCUUCCACAGCCCGAUACCUACCCGAUCUUCAAAAAGGAGGGUGGACAAGAAUUCGACAAUGCUGUUGAGAACUGUACUAAAGCUGUGGAUGCAUUGCUGCAACUGUUAGUGGAGCUUCAGGAUGAGCUAUUUUAUCAAAAUCCAGCCACGAGGCAUCUGGUAGAUGGAAAGCAAUCAAAAGCAGAGAGUGACGAUGAAAUCCCUAGCAGUAGUGAUGAAGAGCAAGUGGCUAAGGCUCAGGAGAAGAAGAGGAGCCUCCCCAAGCGAAAGCUGAAGAUGGAGGACUAUCCAGACUUCAUAGCCAAGCGGUACGCUGACUUCAGGAUAUAUCGAAACAAGGUCUUGCAGGAGUGGCACGAGAAGACAAAGCUGGCAUCUGGCAAAAUGGGAAAGGGUUUCGGUGCCUUUGAGCAGUCAAUCGUGGCUCAGAUUGAUCAUAUUAUGAUGGACAAGGAGAGGUUAUUACGGCGGACACAGACCAAGCGAUCAGUGUACACAAUACUGGGAAAGCCGGAACAGGAAUCUCACCCGGUCCCUGAAUCUUUGCCUGAAAACUCGGAAGUUCUCCCCCAGUCAGAUUCCAACAGGCACCUGAAGGACAUAGAUGAGGAGAUAUUUGACGAUGAUGACUUUUAUCACCAGCUCCUUCGAGAAUAUAUAGAACGUAAAACCACUUCAUUGGACCCCAAUGACCAGGUGGCAAUGGGCAGGCAAUGGCUGGCCAUCCAGAAGUUGCGAAGCAAAAUAAAGAAGAAAGUGGACAGAAAAGCCAGUAAAGGAAGGAGAAUCAGGUAUCAUGUCCACAGCAAGCUGGUGAGCUUCAUGGCACCUAUUGACCACUGCACAAUGAAUGAUGAUGCCAGGUGA